AACCCGAACGACCCGGCCCGAUCGUCGUCACCUCCGUCACCGUUAAUCGAAUUUAUAUCUCGUGGUCUGAAGCAGCUGGUAUUGCUGAUCUCUAUGAAAUCACUUACAUUCCCGAUAACGGAAUCGACAACUCACCGACCUAUGUAUUGGGAACUGAAUACACACUUACUGGUCUGACACCCGUCACUGAGUAUAGCAUCGCCAUUAAAACGACUGCCGGUCAACUGCUCAGUGAAGCUCGACAAACAAACGUGUACACUAUGGCACCACCUCCAAGGGAUGUUCUAAUCACAGACUAUGAUACGACCUCUAUAGAUUUGUCUUGGUUGCAACCAGUUAGUGUGAACAUUGACCGGUAUAUAGUUACUUUAGAUCCUCCACGUGAUGAUGGAGUUGCCGAAUUUGAUGUCGGCAACACCGAUUUAGCUUACACUCUCAGAGAUCUCAGACCUGGCAGAGAGUAUGACAUUGAUCUGAAAACUGUUGUGCUGGCUAGAGACAGGGAGAUUAAUAGUGUUCCUACAACUGUUGUACAGCGAACGAUUCCAACACCACCACAGAGUAUCACAGUCGACCUCGAUGACAUUGGUCCUACCUAUGCAAAGGUGUCAUGGCAACCAUCUACAGGCGAUGUGGAUGAGUACGUCAUCACGUACCGUCCGUACACAACGGCUUCGGAGCCUUGGAUAUCGGCGUCGCCAUUAGAAACGUCUAAAGAUAUUGUUGGUUUGAUGAAUGAACCAACGUAUACAUUUACUAUCAUGGCGUACAGUGGAGGUCUACAAAGUACACCAGUUACGUCAAUGGCAGUGAAUUUAAGACCAUAUGGACCUGGUCAAAUCCGUGUGGUUGAGGUGACCAGGACAGAAAUAACCGUGAUUUGGUCGGAAGGACUAACUGGAACGGAGAUCUAUGAAGUUAGCAUUCGAGAAUAUGAUGAUGUUGGUGCAAGAACUUUCACCGAUACGAUAUCAGAUAGCAGUACAUAUACGUUCACGAACUUGCAAAUAUUUGUAAAAUAUCUCAUAACUGUUUGCUCAAUCAAAAGCGAUCUUAAAAGUCUCGCUUCUACGUUUGAGCAGAGAACAUUUGGCGACAUUCCUGGUCCGGUUCGUCACUUCGAGGUUUCCUAUCAGCAUCCCUUCACUGUAGUUGCAUCAUUCAGAUCACCUGUGGAACCUAAUGGUGUUCUGGAAACGUACAUCGUAACGUUUUUAGGAAUAAUUGAGAAUGCCAUAACUCACUCCCCAGACACGACAUUAAUAAUUGCAGACGCUUCCAAAGAUGUAUACACGGAUCAAAAAAUAACCGGUUUUAAACCUGGCUAUACGUAUACAUUCUCAAUCCAGGCUGAAAAUAUUCAAGGACGAAGUAACGCUACAUCAUCGACACCACAUAGUCUAACAAUGCCAGUAUACCCACCACUUGUACCUGGUGUUAGUCCACACACAUUGCGUCAUCAAUUGUUCAAGAGUUCCACGCAUACAUCAAUCACAUUGAAUUUAUGGUAUGGUCUUUUCGAUGAGAGCAACGGACCUAUCGUGUCAUACACUAUUCUGGUUGCCGAGAUCGGUGUCACGACUAGAGUGGCACCAGGGGUUCCACAAGGUUGGAGAGAGGUCAAAGAUCAAACACCACGGCAAAUCUGGCAGACAAAUGAACAAUUCAAUCUGUUUGUGAAAAACGAUCUCGCCGGCACCGCCUCGCCGGAUGUAUACGUGAUUGGAUCCGAGGAUUGUAGCAUGGAUACUGAUAAAUACUGCAAUGGACCAUUACAACCACUCACUCAAUACAUAGUUAAGGUAAGAGCUUUUAUAUAUGAUGGACGAUACACUGAUACUGAAUGGUCAAUGCCAAUGAUGACAG